GAAUACGAAUUAUGCAUACACAAAAGUAGCUAUAUAGAGUACAGACAGCGCUCAGCAUUCUCGUCACUCGGCAGUCGGCAGGACAGACAGAGCAAGCAAUAGUUUACUGUUUAUCCGCGCGCAGGGAGAGGUCGCCACCCGCCCGUCGCGCUCUUGUGGCCGCGUAGCGCGAACCUCGUCGCCAUUUUGUCGUUCAUUUCGUACGUCGCAACGAAAGGGGAGACUCGACCGACGGCGCUGGCGCGUUCGUGUAAAAAUUGAAGCAGUAUCAAGACAAACGUGAUCUCCAUAGUCCAUAGUCGUAUAGAAGAACUUGUGAUUACGGAUCAAUAGUCUUACAUUGCUAAUUGCUAUUAACAAUGUAUAACAGUGUUAUUAAUUAAUGCGUGAAUAUCACGUAGGUACUUCAAGACUGUGUUAAGUGUGUAUAGAUUCCACAAAAAUGGACAAAGGCGAUAUGGAGUACGAUCGCAAAUUUGAGGAGAUGAAGAAAUACAUUCCCUUUUUGGAGAGUAUGAUUAAAAGACUGGAAAAUUCGAAUUCUGACUCCAAUCCUCGACAAGCACAGCUGGAUAAAAUAAGAUCACUCCGGGAUUUACUUUUGGAUAAAAAGAAAAGGAUGAAAAUGGAAAAUUUACUAAAAUGCGAACAAGUGUUGAUUAAUUUAUAUGCAAAGGUUGAACAGCGUGAUGUCUUUCCGAGACCCGUCAAAGAUGACUCAUCAAAACAAGAAAAAGCCGAUUUAAAUAUUGUAAGAAGUAAGCUCAAGUCUUUUGUAACAAAAUUGAAACCGGAUAAUGUUGAAACAUUGCCAGAAAUAGCAAGAGCCAGUGAGAUUGAAGAAGUAUGUUUACCGGGUAGCAAGGAACCAGCAUUGUUUCAACGAAGGCCAAAUUUACAGUCGUCAGCUUCGAUACGUAACUCUUCGAAUACAAAUGAGGAACCCACAAAACCCAAAAAUACUUACACUGGGGUUUUGGUAUCUCCGACACGUAAUGAAAUUUAUUGGUCUAAUGAAACCUCGUCAGAAAAACCGCUUUUUAGUAGACGUUCACCGAAAAUAUCACCACGCAAACGUUCACCACACAAAAAAGAACGAAAGAAAAGUAAUAAAAAUAAAUUAAAACAUAAUCGCUCCAGAGAUUUAAAUAUAACAUUAAAUGUGCCAGAAGAUAGCAUCGAUUCCUUGAAUACUAAAGAUAUUUUGUCCAGAAUAAUAAAUUGUAGCGAUAAUGAUGUUGACAUUGCAUCAUUGCGUGAACUGAGAACGCAAAUUCUUGGUGAAUUGAAAGAAACAGGAACCAGUGAUGACAUAUCGGAUAUUAUACUUAAAUCUUAUAAGAGUAAAAAAAUUAAACAAGGCACAGUUAGCGAAAAGACUGAAAUUGAGGAAGGAGAACUUUCUGAUAGCGAAAGUGAAGCUAUAGAAAGUAUUUAUGGCAGUCUAGUUGUUUUAGAUAAAAACAAUGCUGCAUCUACAGGUAAAUGUAGUACAGAUAAAGAGAAACAACGUAAAAUACAGUUACGUCUUGUGUAUUCCGAUAAGACAAAACCAAUGACUUCUGAAAACAAAGUUACAUGUGUUGAUAAAUCUGAUUUUGAAACUUUUAAUAAACAAAAAGAUCACAAAGAUAAUGAAGUUAUCGUAUUAGAUGAAAUAACUGUAAAAUGUGACGAUAACAAAGAUAUAUUAGAGAUUAAUGAUGAUUUGUUAUAUAAUGAAUUCAUUUUAGAGCAAAGUAAAGAACUUAAAAAUGAGGCUCCAUCUCCUGAAAAGAUAGAUUCUUGCAAAGAGAGCCAAAAAAUUAUCACAAUAGACCUCGUAACUUCAAAUUCUAAAAAUAUUAGAAAUGAUCAUGAAAACAACAAAACUUCUAAAAAUAAUGAAGGUUGUGAGCCAAAUUCCUGUAAACCUUUAGUGGAUGUCGUUCUAGAAGAAAAGAAAUCUGAAUCUAUAAAUACAAAAGAGGCUCAACAAUUAAAAGACAUUCCGCAAUCCAAUACCAUAGAUAGUAACAUAUUAGCUGGUGGUGAAGCUAAUCAGAAUCCAGAGGUCAGUAUUCCAUUAUUAGAACCAACAAAACCGAUAUUGGUUCCAUCGAAAGAAGUAUCAGAAAUAGAUAUACUGCAAGCUUUAAAGAAUGAAAUCUUAUGUGAAACUACAAACGUGUUAAACACUGAUGAUGCUACAGCUUCCGCAGUAAGUACUCCACUUUUACAUCAGCCAAAAAUCACCAAAGUUACAAAUGCCAAAGAAAUAGGCCCAAAAAAGAGAAUUUCAAUUGAAAAUUAUAAAGCAAAGACUUGCACGUCUAAAUUCAGUAUAGAUUCUAUUAGAAGCUCUCCAAAAGAAGAUACUACGAAAAAACAGAGUCUUAAAUUGACAGAAAAGGAAUGUGAAAGGUUUAAUUUUCUAUCCAAGCUAACUUUGACAGAAAGUUCAGAUGAUGAAGAUAAAUCUAGUUUGUCUUUGGAUGAUAUAUAUACUGAUUUAGCUCCUAAGUCGCCUGAUCAUGAUGAUUUUGCUGACACGGGUAUUAAACCACCUGUAAUUAUUCCGAGUGAUCCAAUCCAGGAACUAGUUGUAGGUUCAGAACUGGACGUUGAUAUGAGGAAAUUAUUACCUAACAUAAAACCUGAUUUGUUUACUACACCAUUAUUAUCACCUAUAGCAGCUGACAUGGUAAAAGUUAAUAAGGUUGAGAAGGAAAUAAACAAAGAUGAUGAAAGAAUAUCAUCAUUAGCAGAUCCAAGAAUCAAAAGAGAUGUAAAUUCGGUAUCAAAUCAGGAUACUCUUAAUUUACAAUCUGUAAAUGUUGAAAAGAUGCAGUCACCAUUGCCAAACUCAGUUGUGCAUAAUAAAUAUGUGGAUCAACAAUCAUUCAGUGUUAAUUCUAUAAACAAAUCUAUCGAAUUCAAUAUAACAUCAAAUAUCCCACCUUUGUUACCAAAUACAGUACUAAACUCUGCCCCGUCCAUGCGUCCAACUAUUUCUAUGCUCAUGACUCCCAGUAGAACACCAAAUGUUGCAAACAUGACUCCAAACAGAACGCCAAAUAUUGUGAAUAUGACGCCAAGCAGAACGCCAAACCUUGUAAACAUGACUCCAAACAGAACACCAAAUAUUGCAAACAUGACUCCAAACAGAACACCAAAUAUUGCAAACAUGACUCCAAACAGAACACCAAAUAUUGCAAACAUGACUCCGAAUAUGACACCGUCGCACCACUCGUUUGACACUGAAGAUUCUACUCCUAAACAUGUCUAUGCUCCGAUGUUUUCUUCAGUCGGCUUGGAAAAAUCAAUAGAUAAUAACCAAAUUCAAUGGGAUACAUCUGAAUCUCGUCAAUCGUUCUGGGAAGAGAAGGACCCAAGAAAUUGGUCUGUGCAAAAGGACGUUGAUUAUAGAGAAAAUAGGAUUGAUAUUGAUUAUAAAAGAAGUGAAUCUAUGCAGAGAGAUAUUGAUUAUAGAGAUAUGAGAAGUAGUUCAGUGCAGAGAAGUCAAAGUUUUGACCAAAGAGAUUGUGAACGUAUGCAAUAUCAACUUAUGGGCAACCAUUUUGGAAAAUUAGACUGUCCACCUAUUCCAAUUCCACCUUUUGAUAGAUCAGACUGUUCACCUACUCCAACCUCAUCAUUUGGAAGAUUAGACUGCCCCCCAAAUGCAACGCCAUCAUUUGGAAGAUUAGACUGUCCAUCUACUCCAGCAGCAUCAUUUGGAAGAUUAGAUUGUCCACAAACUCCAACACCAUCAUUUGGAAGAUUAGACUGUCCAUCUACCCCAGCAGCAUCAUUUGGAAGAUUAGAUUGUCCACAAACUCCAACACCAUCAUUUGGAAGAGGAGAUAGACCAAUGACACCUGUUCACUCUUUUAAUAGAUCUGAGUGUCCACUAACCCCUACUCACUAUUUUGGAAGAACUGAUAAAAUUUCUCCUCUUCUUGGACCAGAACCAAUGGGUAGAUCUGAAUACAAAUCUGGCUCCAAAGUCGGUUGGUCACAGGAUCCAAGAUUACAUAGAAGUUCUGAUUAUGACAGCAAUCAGCGUCGAGAUGAUGACCGAGAACGCAACUAUUUUCAGGAACGAAAAUUUAAUGUUGGCGUCUAUAAAAACGACCAUCAAAGAGAUUAUAAAAGGUACCAUCAUGAACAAAGUGUAGAAAGAAACGACAGGAAUAAAAGCUACGAACCGAGUCAUAAUUAUCGAGACCAAUUACCUCGUCAUGAAACCAGCGUCGGCCGUUCAUACAAUAGGGAAGAUAGGGAUUAUGGUCGUUCGUAUAGUAGAGAAUAUGAAAAUGAUCGGUAUUCCAGAAACCGUAACAACCGCGGUAGAGGGUAUGACUAUAGAAACCGUAGAGAAUCUAAAAGUUACGAAGAUAGUAAUCGCCGUAGUUACCACCAUGACCGAAGCGGAGGGAAUUUGCACGAACUGAAAGAUCACAGAGAUAACUCAAAAAAUUUAGAACAAAAUAAAUUACGCGUAAAUCCACAUGGCGGAUCCUCUUUCACUAUUGAUACUAGUAUUAACACUUCAUUUCAAACAAUUAAUGCUAAACAAACAUCCAAUUCUAGUUUUGAUGCUCGAAGACAACGUGCAUCCAGCGUUGGUCGUACAAUAUCUUCUACAAACAGAACCCAUGACAUAAAACAUUCAUCUAUAGAACCCCAAGAAAAAAUCACAAAUACGAAAAGAUUUCGACGCGCUUGUAGUGUAGGGCGAGAGAUUAAGUGUAGCAAACUUGAUUUUAUGGAUGUUAAAGCUGAUCUAAAGUCUUUCAAACUUAAGUCUGACAUCAGAUUUUCUAAAGAUUAUACUGACGAAAAACCCAGCCCAGUACCAACGAAAAGUACAAAUCAUGUUGAUCCUCCCAAAGAACAAAAGCUUUACUCUCCUAGAAAAAACAGUAGAGACCCACGGAUGUAUCGGGAACAUAAAGAUUCACGUGAUAUUAAAGAAUCUCGUGAUAGAAAAGAACCUCGUGAUACUAAAGAAUCUCGUGAUAAUAAAGAAUGCAAAAGUGGUAUAGGAGAUUCUAAAAAACAUGGUAUUGUUUACUCUGACGAUAAUAUUUCUAAGGGCACGAUUUUGGGGUCUGGUUAUGGCGUUAAAAAUUACAAAAUUCCUAAACUUCGACGGCCGCAAGUGGUAACAGAAAUAAGCCAAACAACAACAACAUCAUUAACAACUUCAUCAACAACAAAUUAUGAUGAUGAAGAUAAUCAGAUAACCAAAGACAAUGAUAAAAAUGAAAUGGAAAAAGCCAGUAUAACCCAAGAAGAGGAAGAGGACUUAAAUAAAGUUGAAAGUUUUGAAAGUAAGCCUGCCCCAAGUGGCAAAACAAAUACUAAAGAAAUACAAGAUACAAAAACAAAUGUUACCAAAGAAAAUGUGGAUUAUGAUAGCCAAAUGAACCAUAAAGAAUCGAAUGAAACUAGUAUAAAUAUCCUUAAUGAAUCGUCGGAACAAAUCGAUAAAGUAGAAAGAAGAGUUACGAGAUCGUCUCGAAAAUAUUUAUCCGAAGGAUCGAUCUCCUUAGAGUUGUCACCAAUUAAGAGAUCAAGAAAAUCUAAAAAAACAUUGGUUGUUGAGUCCGAUUCAGAUGACAACGAAAUGGUGAUAGCAGCCUCGGAGAAUUCCAAAAAGUAUCCACUUAAGACGGUACAUACUUUGGUCACUGAAAACACAGCCAGCAAUCCAAUUUCUUCAAUUAAGGAAAUUAAUAGUAAUCAAAACGAUGAAAAAGCAAAGCAAUCCUUAGAUAUUGAAAGUAAUGAGCUUUUAGACUUAAACGAACAACGACCGGACGAUCUAGUGUCCACUGUCGGAGGAGAAUGCAUACAGGAGUCAAAAAUAAAAUCGAACGUUGGUUUAUUAGAAAAUGUGAACACAAAAAGAGAUUGCAAAUCAAAUGAAAAUAUACAAGAAAAAGUAGCAGAACAAACUCUAGAUUUAGAUUCCAGCCUCGAUUUAGUCGAUCUUGAGAUGUUCCCUGAUAAUAUAACGUCAGUCCCUAAUAUAAAUGCUCUUAUUGCGGAAUUGGACCAUGACUUAAAUUCAUCGAAAAAUACUGACGCUAACAGUCACUUUACCAAAGAGUUGAAUUUGGAAACCAUGUUAGAAAAUUUAUCAAAUCCUAAUAAAACUGACAAGAAAUUAAGCGUUUCAUUUGAUGAAAACGAUGUAAGUAAAAUUCACGAAAUUAACACGGAAUUAAACAACGGAAACGGAAAAUCUUUAAUAUGCUCUAAUGAUAAUGAAAAAUAUAAUGAUGUAGAUGAUAUUGCUGCUACUAUCCAGAAAAAAAGUAGUAUUAAAUUUGAACAAACAAAUGAAAAUGACAAUCCGCAACUCGAAUUGGAGUCUAAAGGCUCUGAAAUACAAGCCAGUAAAAUUGGUCUAGAAACAUGUGUAUCUGAAAAUUCGAACCCAUGUGCACAGCAUAAAAAUAGUACAGUUAACGCAGAAGAUUCUUGUCGUAAUGAUGCUAUUGUUUCAACUUCAGACGACGAUAAGAAUCUCAUACGCCCUGCACCACCCUUAAAUCUUGUUGAUAAUGAUUGUGCUCCUGCUCCUGAUAGCACAUUAAAUACUAAUGUGGAAAACGUUUACCCGAACAUAAUUUUGCCUAGUACCCAUAACUCGGAAUGUGAAAUGAAUUCCGAUGUUAGCUCUACACAUACCACAGAGGCAGUUAGUAAGGAUACUUUAGAGGAAGUUUCUUCCGAUGUUGAGAAGUCUUCAGAUAUUAAAUCAAUUGGAAAGCUGUUGUCAAUUUUACAAGAUAAGAAUAAAAUAAAGGAGUUACUUUCGUUAUUGGAUGAUCAGACAAGUGAAAAUGAAAAAAUAAAAAAAAAAUUAGAAAUGUUGAGCGAAAUAGUGUCAGACGAUGAAAUUGAAAAUACUACCGAAGAAAUAUUAGAUGAUGCGAAAAAUAGUAAUAAAACACAAGAUCCUUGUAAUAUAAAUACUGCGCCACAUACAGAAAUUAUUACAAGUAACGUUGAUUCAAAUGAUCUACCUAAUAACUACCAAAAACAGCAUAAAGUUGACAGUAUUGAAAGCCAAUGUGAUAUAACAAGUGCGCAAAAUGAAAAUCAAGGAAGUAUUGUUAUAACUAGUGUUGAAGAUAAUUGUAAAAUAACAAGUGAGAGUCAAGAAAAGAUUAAUAAAACCAGUGUUGAAAAUAAUCGUGAAACUGCAAGUGUGCAAAAUGAAACUCAGGAAAAUAUUGUUAAAACUAUAGAAGAAAGUACCAGCGUUACGAAAACGGUUAAAGAUGUAAAUAUUAAAACUACUACAAUGAAUGAUGUUGCGAAUGACGAAGUUCCUAGUGUGACUAAUGACUUAACUGAAACCUUAUCACAAAAAAAUAUAGAAGAAGAGUCAGGUAGAACUAAUGAACCUAGUAAUACUGAAGAUGUUGAAAAUAAUUAUCAAAAUGUAACUAUCGAAGGUGACAAGCCUACUACAAAAAAACGAAGACGAAAAAGAGGUAAAAAGUGGAACAGUAAAAAUAAACAAUCAUCUAUUAAUGAUAAACGACUGACCCGUGCAGAUACAAUUAGCUCACAACCUAUGAUAUUCACCGAUAAAUCUGUCAAGAAAAGACCCUCUAGAGAACUGCAAAGAUUGCAGGAAGAUAUUAGGGAAAUGUUUUUAAAAGAUGAUAUCUUGAACGCUACGGGAAUACGUAUGUGUCGCAUAGCAAAAUUAACUGAUGAUAAAUCCAAAGAUGAUAAUUCAUCGACUAAUGAAAGUAACCAAGAACCAUCAGUAUUUAAAAAAAUCAAUGACCCCAAUCCUUCAGACAACCCUGAUAUAGAUAAUAUACCAAAAAAGAAACCAACAAAAAAUGUAAAAAAUAAAGGUGUUGACGCAAAUAGUUCAAUUAAUAAAGUAUCGAAUGUGGGUAGAACUCCUGAUUUAGAACUACAAUCUAAAACGAAAUUAAAGGAAGAUAAACGUGGAUGUGUGGAUCCUUAUGAUUUUGAAACUGAUUCUGUGAGUAAAAUAAUUAAUGCUUGUGAUACAAAAAACGACAGUUGCUCGGAAUCUGAAAGUGAUUCAGUAGAUUCAAGUAAAAGCGCUGAAAGUACGGAGGUAACUGAUAUAAAGAAAAAAAUAAAACUCAAGCGAGGUAGAUUAUGGCAAGCAGGGAUAAUUAAACCCAAAAAUAGAAAGAAGAAAUCAGAAUUAAAACCAGUUCCGACUACAUCAACCGAUGAUAUUCCUGAAUCACAAACUUGUAAAUUACCAGACUUUACUUGUUUCACUGAUAGAACUUAUUGUUUCCGUAAACAAGUUGUUACCUACAGCUGCCGAAUUUGUGUAUAUAGUGGUUCUGAUAUAGUGCAUCAUUACAAAAACGAACAUCCUCACACAGAAGUUCCAUUAUCACGAUUGAGUCCGCCUGUGGCUAAGCAAGCAAUCAAAGAAUCUGAAGAUGCAAACUUUCAAGAAAUAAGUAAAAUAUCGUCCAAAAAAUAUAUCUGCCGAUUUUGUUUCAAAGAAUUCAGCAGAAAGAAACGCCUUUUGGAAGCAUUUUUCUGGCACGUUGUUAGUAUGCAUACUGGUGAAUAUAAACAUACAUGCUCCAAAUGUGUUGAUACUCAAAUCUGCCCACUAGAUAUAGAUAUUCCACCACCACCAAAUGACGCCAACGGGCAGCUAUUAGGAUAUAUUUGUGAAAAAUGCAAUUAUACUCAAAUAUCAUUAGAAAACUUGAAGACGCAUGUUAUAGUGUGGCACAAUGACGAACAAACUGCGGUGUAUACAAUUAAUUUAGCAAGUUUAACCAGAAGUGCUGUAAGUUAUCUUUUAAAUCACAUUGAACCAGGAGCGGAUUCAAAACAGCCACGAGUAUUAAGAAGUACUCGGUCAAAUCAAAGCAUGGCCGAUGCUAGUGAUAGUGACAGUGAUAGUACAGAAGAGAAUAUUGAAAAACCCACAAAUAAACCCCAUAACAAUGAAAAUACACCAGAUGCUGCAAUAAAGCCUAAAACAGGCAAAAUUAAUUCGAAAAUAACUUUUGAAAAUGAUAUUACCGAUGAAAUAUCAAAUUUCGAUGCUAGUGAGACAGCUAAAGUUAAAAUCGAGUCGGAUAUAAGCGAAACACAGGAAGAGUCUCAAUCGGAAACAGAAAACAGACAAGAGAAAGAGGCAGAUUCGCUAGAAAAUACAAAUAUGGAGAAGUCUGAGGAACCAAUUGUUUCUCAAGAUAUUAUUGAUUAUCCACAUUUUAAAAUUAUGUAUACCGAAUCGCAAUCCAGAUUAUACGUGUGCUGUAUAAAUGGAAACGAUUAUCAUUACAAAACAUCGCUUUUAAUUUCGAUGAAAAAGCAUAUACAGUUGAAUCAUACCGAAAAAUGGGACGGAUAUUGUUGUAUUUGCAAAGUUAUAGUUACACCACAAGGGCAACAUAAGUUCAAGGAUUGCUUCCAACAUUUUCUGGAUAAUCACAUAGAUAGUUUCCCUAUUCUGGAGCACGUUCCGGUACCACAAACGAACAUACCUGAAAUUAAUAAGCCUACUGUUAGCGACGGCGUGCCUGAGAAAGUCGUACAAAAUAAAUCUUACAUCAAUGUACGGCGACUGUCAGAUCUCAUAACAAACACAAAUGCACCUCAACCGGCUGACGAUAGCGCCCCUGUGUUGCCGGUCAUAGAAAGCGUCAUUAGUCUUGGCGCUCACGCAGAUCUGCCGCGGCCCAGCCCAUCCUAUCCAACUUCGAUAACCGAGCCUGUCGAAACAAUACAAUAUAAGUACGAAGAAUUCCAAGCCGAUGUCAUGUCGCGGAAACAUCGCGUCGUCUUAGAAGCGAUGAUGGCCCCCAUCAAAUUGGUGCAGGUGUUCAAAUGUGCCGGCCGCUUUUGCUCUUUCACAACGAAUAACGCUGAAGAAGCUCUUCUCCACGCUUCGACGCAUUUGCGAGUCGGUGGAGUCGAUUCGCUUUGUUGUGUUUAUUGCGACUUUGACGCUUGCGGGAACGCAAUCGACUUGAUAACUCACGUGUUCAAGUACCACGGUUGCUGUCCGUACGUUUGCAGCCUUUGCUUCUACCGCGCGGCCGCGAACCCGUUGGUGAAUGCGCACAUUAAAAGAGUGCACAACGGCGCUACCAACGGUGAAAUAUUAAAGGCUCCAUUUCAAACUACGCCAUUGCCGGAAGACAACAUAUUAACCCGGGAAGCUGCUGUGCCCUACUAUCUUUGUUGUGAUAAAAGUUCUCCAGAUGCCGCCCAAUGCAAGUUCCGGACAUACACGCCAGGAAAAUUCUGUGAACACUUGCAAACUCGACAUUCAUCUGCCACGGAAUUCUCAUGCUUUAUUUGUUCAAUUUCUGUAGAUAAAUCUACUGAAUUGAUUCGUCAUUUCAAAACGCAUGGAUUAAAAUUAUACCAGUGCACGUGGUGUGUGUUUGGAGCUGUAGAUGAAAACGAAUUGCUGGAGCACGCCUCAGCGCUGCACCCCGCGCGACAGCCAAAGGCAUACUUGAGGAUCAUAACUAAGAAGGAUGGCACCACCGAGCACAGAGUUUUACCCUUGGCUCAUUUAAAUAAAUCUGAUGUACCAGCUGUAGAAGUCGCUGCGAGCACUCAGCAAAAUUUUCCAGUGCGAGAAGCGGAGAGAUCGAUCGAGUUAGAAAAAUUAAUUGGACACACAAACUCGAUGAUAGAUACGAUGUCAGCGGGUGCAGAAACCAUUGUGGGCGUAGAAACGAAUGCGGAUGCAACAGAAAGCACGGAAAUCGAAAUAAAUUCUCAGCUCAAAGAACUCUUGGAAAGGGAUAGUAUUUUAGAGAAUGCAGAGAUGCUGAUAGCGAGAAUGAAAACUCCCCCUCCCGCAGUAGAGAUCGAUCAGUCUGAGAGUUCCACUCCGAUUCUUAAACCGGUGACAAUAGAUACGACCCCAGAGAAGGCACUCGCACUUCAACCUGAGCCUGAAAUUGUUUGCUUAGACAGUGACGAUGAAAGUCCUCCUCCCAAUGAAACGAGUCAACUCCCGGCCCAGGGGCAGAGUAUCCGCGCCCCGUCUCCGAGAAAGUCGCCAGUUCAAAUGGAAACAAAAAAAGUUUCCCUAACUGAAUUAUUCACGUGCUCAAGAUGUUCCAUUGUACUCAAAUGUGGGUCUGGCUUCAGAAAGCACAUAAACGCUUGUUUUGCUAAUACAUCUGGCCUCGUUCGUUGCGCCCACUGUCCGAAGUCUUUGUCAAAAAAAAAUAUCGUCAAUCAUUACAACGACAAACACUCCUGUAGAGAUAAGUUGGUCCAGCACGUCUGUCAGAAAUGUUCCUUAGUGUUCAAUAGCCCCAGCCAAGCAAAAGAGCACAUGUUGACACACCACAACAAGGCGGCCGAAAACUCAACUUCGUCAGAAUUCGUCAAAGAAUUGAAGUCGGGUCCGAAGAGCAGAAGAAAACGGCACGUUCAGACUAGUGACAAAUCUGACGAACCGCCAGAAAAGGUGAAGAGAUACGGCCCGCAAGAUAUCGAUAAGUUGCCUAUCAAUCCGAUUUUGGACGAUUCUGUAGUGUGUUCUUUGUGUGAAUUCAAUACUAAAGUUCGGCUCAAUAUGGUGAGGCAUCUGCAGAUGCACGCCCAACAGCAGCCCGUCCCGCAGACGGCGCCCGUCAACCCGGUGCCUCAUCUGGAGACCAACGAGAAACACUUCGACAAGAUGCUGAACCUCGCCUCCAGCUCUUUUGGACUUCGGCAGGCCGAGAAGACCAACAAGCCCGACAGCGCACCGGCUGCGCUCCAGGUGCCACCGGAGUCGGUGGCGCGCUACCCGAAGUACGUGUGCGACAAGCAGCGCCUGACGUGCGGGGCGAGGGGCUGCUCGUACACGUCCGUCGACGAGUCCAUGUUGAAAUGCCACUGGGAGACGCUCCACUACGGCACGAACGAUUUCCACUGCGUCCAUUGCCCUCCCUACCAGCAACUGGACAAAACCAAGCCAGUGACCGCCGCGAGAAUUAUAGCCCAUCUGAAAAUGCACGACGAGAAACUAUUUGCGUGUUCGUCGUGCUCGUAUUACCAUCAUAGAUUGCAAAUUGUAGAAAAACAUAUAGCCGACGUCCACAAGGGGGGGCGAGUGAUGCUAGUCAGAGACGGCAAGCCCGCGGAGGUCAGUGCGGCGAUCGCGUCGACCGCCGGUCUGCCGAAACCGCCGCCUGCCCCCACCAUGGACUUGAAGCCGUGGCAGUGCGGUCUUUGUAAAUUCAAGAGCUUACUUCGUCCGGAAGUCGCCGACCACUGCGCCAAAGUUCACAACUCAAAAAUGCAGUACAAAUGCGCAUACUGUGCUUUUAGAACUUCAAAUCCCGAAAACAUCACUAAGCAUCAAUCGAAGUCCCACGUGGGUAAAGCGGAAGAGAUAUUCUAUUAUUAUUAUCGAGAAGGCACCGUGCCGGACGACACCGACGGCACUCCGCGAUGGCAGAAGCAGAGUCAGAGUACCGUUCCCUCUGAACCGAAGGUUAAAUCCGAGGAUUCGAGCGAUAUACCCCCCCCUUCACCACAAAAACUUCUUCCGGCACUUAUACCUAUGAAAACUUCUGUUGAUCUUAAUCUGGUUAAGAAAGAGAUAGAGCCAAUCUACGAGUCGGUAGAGGACUUGUGUAGAGAGUUUGGGCAGUUUUGUGAACCGAACGGACUGAAAUACAAGUGUCCGCUGUGUAAUAAUGUCACAGAAGACAGAUUAGAGGUUAUGCAAUCACAUCUUUAUGAGGAGUUGAAGUACAGAAAGUGGGGUUGCAGUAUUUGUUUGUAUAAAGCAUUCCACAAAGAAGGAUUAGGAGAUCAUAUGAAAACAGAGCACAGACAAAACCGGGAUCCGAUCGAGUUGCCCACUGACAAGAGAAUUGAAACCUGGGUCGCUAAACUUUUGGAGCACCAAACGUCAUUCAUAGCCGGAUAUAAAGAAAACUUGGCGAGGCAGAAAGAAGAAAUAUUGAGGACUAAUCCUGGGCCAUCCACGUCGAAAGUUCCGCCACAACCCAGUGUGUCCAGGUCACCUCCAUCUUUGGUCUCUGCCAACAAGCGCGAUGAAACAGAAUUAGAAAAAAUGUUCGGUAGUUUUGGUGCUCCCAAAGAGUUGUCAUUCUGCUGUCCCAAAUGCAGUUCUACAUUCAAGGAAGAAGACAUCAUGCACAACCAUUUGGAGAGCGAACUUAAUAAAAUAAGGUGGUAUUGCAGCAACUGUUCUAUGAAGUUUCAAACGUACCACGAGGCGCAGUAUCAUAGUAAGAGCGUCCACAUGGGACAAGGCGCCCGACCGGUCGAGGCGACCAAAAAUGCCACAGUCCGAGCGGCUUGGAUCGAAGCGGCCAUCAAAACACAAAAACAGGGCAUGGAUAUCGUAGCAGUGCCUAACACCAACAGCAAGUACAAUGAGAUGGAUGAUAUGUCUCAACAGCCUGAUAACUCGCUGUUAGUAGUCCGGUACGAGAAAAGGAUCCCGACUCCCGAAGAAGAAAUGGCACGAAGAAGUCCGAUGUCCACUGGCGACAGUGACGAUGAGAAACUAACCAUCGACGAACCCAUUGAAAAUAGAUUAAAUAAACCGGCGGAAAACUGUCGUCAUUGCAAAUACACAACCAUUAGCUCUAGAGCAAUGCGUCUUCAUUUAUUGCGUCAUUACAAUCUCAAACAGUUUACCUGCUCGUACUGUGACGUAAACGGGACACGGAAGGGAAUAGAGAAGCACCAGAAAACGCACCACCCGACGAAACCGAUAAAUCUGGUGACUACUGCGAUACCGGACGAGUCGCCCAGUGACUUUAUUAAAAAGGCAUCGACUACUCUUGUCGAUCCCGUCAAAGUAGUUUGCUUAGUUUGUAGAAAAUAUUUCACUGAAGCUGAUUCACUUACACACUCGCACGACGAUAUAUUUACCACUUUCGGCAAAAAGGGUGAAAUUGUCGUGCAGUGUAACGAUUGUCACUCGCUCCACAAAGACCUCGGCGCUUAUGUGAGGCACCAUAAAUAUAAUCACUUUAAUUCCUCGGUCAACUAUUUGUUUUGUAAAUUGAACACACACGAUGCGGAAUCUAAGGAGUUGUUGUACAGUUGCGACAAUUGUACACAAAAGUUCUCCCAUCUGCAAGACCUUAAGGUUCACGCCAACGCGUACCAUCAGUCUAUAUUGAAAUACACUUUAGUUCCUAAACACCAGAAUUCGUUCGUAGACGAAUUGCAGGAAAGUACGAAACGCAAAUGCGCCGAUGAUUCAAUCUUGCCACCGAGUAAAAGAACCGCGAGAAAAUCCACGACCAAGUUGCCUAGUUCGUCUACAGCGCGAAAAUCGACGACGAAACUACCUUACAAUGUUAUCUGUGAAACUAUUCAGCGUUCGUGGUACGGACAGAAGCCUUCGACUGAAGGUUUGGAGAGCGUAGUGGUUAUGAUGCCGUUUUGUAAUAAAAUGAUGCCUUUCACGUUGAACAAGUUGAAGGAUAUCAUAAACAUUGAUCCUGUGGUGACGGUUAGCAAGUUAAAUGCACCUGAUUGUGUUCAUCCUGUGAAAUUGGAUUGAUUUGAGUGUGAAGAAAUGCAGGCAUAUCCUUUGUCAUACGCCAUAUGUGGCCAAUAAAUCUGUGAUUUUAUCCUAAUUUUAUUAUUGAUUAUAGAUUUUUUAGAUUAGUGUUUAAGUAUAUUAAAAUAAUGUCACUGAAGAUAAGCAGCUUAUUCCGUUCCUUUUGUGCUGGCUGAGAGAAUAGAAACUAAAGUUUUCUGUUCUCCCGACUACUCCUUCAAGAGGAUUGUUAAGAAAGGAACAACCCUAAAUCGCAUUUAUGUGUAUAUUAUUAAUAAAUGUUACUUUAAUUUGUCAAGUAGUUAAUAAAUGUUCGUUAGAAUUAGUAUUUUUGUGAAACAUGGAAAGACUUUUUUUUUUUAAGUAAAUAUUCUCUUAAAUUAAGUAUUACCUGGUAUUAUUACCUAUCUAAAUACUCUAGGUCUUUUUAUUUUAAUUAUUAUCAGCCAUGUUUUUUUAUCUUGUGUGAUUGUGAUUUUUUGAUUUGUCUGUCGAUUCGCCAUUGAAUCGCCGCAACUCCAUGAUGAUUAGUAUGGAAAUAUAUUGUUAUUUUUCAAGUA